CCAAGGGUGGUGUUUUAGUUAGCUGUGCGUUGUGAGCCGCAUAAAUAAAGACUCUCUCUUUCAUUUAUAUCUCAAUUUCAUUCAUUUUCUUUCUCGAUCAUCAUCAUCAUCAAUCAUCAAUGGAGAAGUGGGUUCGUGGAGAAGAAAUUGGCCAUGGAAGCUUCGCAACAAUCAGUAAAACAAAACCCAGAAAGGGUUCACCUUUAAUGGCUAUAAAAUCAUCGAAAGCUUGCGGUUUCCAAACUCUGGAGAACGAAAAGCGAGUACUCGACAAAAUCGGAGCUUGUUCACAAAUCAUUAAGUGUUAUGGCGAAAAUCAUAGCGUUGAGAAUGGUGUCAAUUAUCACAAUUUACUGUUGGAGUUCGCCUCUGGUGGCAGCUUAUCGGACCAAAUCAAGAUCAACGGUGGUCGAUUGCCGGAACCCGAAAUCAGAAGACAUGCAAGAUCGAUUCUCAAAGGGCUUUCUUUUAUUCAUUCCAAGGGAUUUGUUCAUUGCGAUAUAAAGCUUCAGAAUAUUCUUAUGUUCGAUAAUGGUAAUGUUAAGAUUGCUGAUUUUGGAUUAGCCAAAGAAACUUCUUCUUCUUUGGAAACAGAGCAGUUAACUGUAAGAGGUACUCCUCUUAAUUUGGCUCCUGAGUCAGUAAACUUCAAUGAGUACGAAUCUCCUUCGGAUAUUUGGGCUUUGGGUUGUGCUGUGGUGGAAAUGGUGACUGGGAAUCCGGUGUGGAAUUACAAACAAGAACCAAACAUUUGGGCUCUGUUACUUCGAAUUGGGGGAGAUGAAGUUCCAGAAAUUCCAGAAGAAUUGUCAGAGGAAGGCAAAGAUUUUCUAUCAAAGUGUUUGAUUAAGGAUUCUAAGAAGAGAUGGACGGCUGAGAUGCUUUUGAAUCACACCUUCGUUUCAGAUAUCAAAGAUGAUGACGAGUCUGAUAACACUGUUGUAUCGGAAGAAUUCUCACCAAGAUGCCCUUUGGAUUUUUCUAACUGGGAUUCGAGUCCACAGCCUAAUUCACCAGAGUUUUCACUUGAAUUGUUUAAUGUCUUCGAAUUCUCUUCUUCUUCCUCUUCUUCAAAUUGCCUAAUUUCGCCGGAAAAUCGUCUCCGGCAACUGGUGUCCGGUGACUCAGCCAAUUGGUCAUUUUCAGAAAGUUGGGUCACAGUUAGAAACUAAAAAAAAAAUCUCUGCUGAUAUUUUUUUUAAUUUUGUAAUUUUUGUAAAUAUUAGUAACACAGAACAGAUUUUUUAUUAGUUCGUCUGAUCUGGAUGAAUUUUGAUUUGAUUAUUAUUAAAUACUUUUGUACAUUAAAACAAAAGUUUAGAGUGAGUAAUUAAAAUACAUCAAAGAAUUUUUAUUUUCCGGCGAAA